AUGACUGCGAGAGAAGUGGAACUGACUGGCGGCGCGCCUUGGGGCUUUCGUAUGCACGGCGGGGCGGAUCAGAACCAACCGCUGAGGAUAUCAAGGAGCUAUAGUCAUCCCAAACGAACUUUCAAUGUAAACCCGGGCCGAAAGGCAUCGCUGAGCGGAAUCCGCGAAGGCGAUGUCAUAUCUUCAAUUAACGGCCAGCCCACUAAAACCAUGACAAAUGCCGAGGCUCACGCGAUGCUUCGUUCCGCAGGCUCCGCGCUGCGUUUGGGUCUGAACGAGGACAGAGAGAUGUCACCGCGCAGACGAUCCAUUGGCAAAUCUACCGAGUUGAAAAGGCCCUCCCAUCUAGUGACAGACGGGAGCAACGAUUUAGCGAUACCACAAGCCCCGGUCUACGCGACGAUUCGACCCGCGUCGUCUAAAAAUCGACCGCCUUCAUUACCAGCGCAGCACUCUCUCAAUUCACUGCCGUCGACGUUAAACUCAGCGCCUUUUAAAUCGCCUUCUACAGGGGCGGAACCGUUUCAAUUUCAUCCGACAAAUCCAUUUUACACCACAUUACCGUCAAAUUACUCCAGUGCUUCCAAAUUACCUGUACCAAACGGAAGGGCGUCGCUCUCAAGCUUAUAUAGGAACAAAUCAAUGAACAGCACCCCGUAUGUAUUUCAUCCCGCGUCGGAGUCCUCGUCGACGGAAAGCGAUGACAGUUCAAAUUCCGGCGUUGAAAAAGUCCUCGGUGGUCCACGAACGAAGUACAACGACCCGAAACGAAGAACAAUUAACAAAGUCAGCAAAAAGAUACAAAAAGCUAUUGAGAAGCUAACGUGUAAUUUAAAGAAGAGUAAGAAAUUAAAAAAGAAUGUCGCUCCGUCGCCGUACGAGAAUAUUGCAGAGGCAGAGGGCAUUGGCAUUGUACUCCACUAUCACGUUCUGUCUUGGGCUACGGGCUUCAACUUGAAACAUGUCAACCCAAUCGUCUUCAGGUCGAGGAUAGUCACAUUUCCUCUUCCAAUGUGGUGUCCAUUCUGGGGCUUAGGAAAAACAUCGGCCGACUACAAACGUGUAGUUGAUACUUCAAACAGCGAGCUGGUCGUAUCAAAGCCCCCUCUGAAAUCGCCGGCCGGGCUCGCUCCCGGCAGCCUGGUGCCGAAACGUGAG